GAGAGUGAAAAGGAAAAGUGGGGGGUUUUGUUUCACUUUCUUUCCGUUUGGGUGCAAAUCGAGAGAGAGAGAGAGAGCAUAGAUAUUUUGAUCGUGUUGGUUGUUAUUGCGGCGGAACCCUAGCGAGAGUGAGGAGGAUGAGUGGCAAAGGCGGUGGCGGUGGGGGCCACAAGUCGGCGAUUCCGGCGGCGAGUCGGAAGAUGGUUCAGAGUCUGAAGGAGAUAGUGAGCAACAUCCCUGAUCACGAGAUCUACGCCACUCUCAAAGACUGUAACAUGGACCCUAACGAAGCUGUUAGUCGCCUUCUCUCUCAAGAUCCUUUUCAUGAGGUUAAGAGCAAACGUGAAAAGAAAAAAGAGAAUAAGGACACAACAGAUUUGAGGCCUCGUGGGACAAACAAUACAUCGAGUCGUGGUGGUGGUAGAGCUGGCACUGAUCGCUAUGUUGGGCGUGCGGGUGCAACUCAAUUCAGUGGUAGUGAUUCUGGUCUCCUGCAGGGAAAACCUUUAUUCAAGAAGGAGAAUGGAAUGCCUGCUUAUGAAGGCUCUAUGUAUUCUUCGUCUAGUGUGUUGGAGAAUAAUGUGAACAGGCAACGAUCAUCCUACAGUGAUUCUGUUGGUGUCUGUGAUGGACUAUCUUCAUCAUCACAGCAUGGUGGAUUGCAAUCUGCAUGGAUGGUGAACCCGGGUCAAGUAUCAAUGGCUGAUAUUGUCAAGAUGGGUAGGCCACAGACCAAGGCAUCCAUGCCUAACUCUUCUGUCCACAGUGGUAAUCAUCAGAAUGUUUUUGCACCCCCAGCAGCUUCACAUCACAAUUCGCAUUCAUUGCAAGAUCAUGUUUCCAUGGUGCCAGAGACAAAUAAUGAUCAAGGCUUUGCUAUCAACCCCAAUGUCCAACAGGACGAUGAGUGGCCUUCUAUUGAGCAUCAACCAGCUGUUUGUGUAUCCUCUGUUGUUGAUGGCCAUCCAAAUUCUGAGUACUAUUCAAACUCAUCUAACUUUGGUGAAGCUAGUCGACAGCUGAAGACACACGGAAAUGAAUUUUUAGCCGAAGAUGGUGCUGUUGAGAAUCCAGACAAUGUUGGAUCUGCUUCUGUACCUGCAAAAAGUAUAUCUGAGGAUAUUCCUGAAAGUGCACCUGUUUUUGAUGGUAGCUUGUACAAGGACAUAAAUUCCUACCAUCCUCAUAGACAUUCUUUUGAUAAUAAUGAAGCUGAAGAUGGUGUUUCAUCAGUGGCUACAAACUUAGAGAAGCUAAAUUUACACCAAGAGGAUCAAGGGACAGAAACAGAGGAGGACAAUCCUUCUGUGGUGAUUCCAAAUCACCUACAGCUUCAUACUUCAGAAUGCUUAAAUCUGAGCUUUGGAAGUUUUGGAUCUGCAAACAAUGCUUCCCUUUCUGUAUCUGGGCCAUAUGCCUCUAGGCCCUUAAAAAAUAACUUGGAGGACACAUCUGGAGCAACUGAUGUUUCAACAAUUGGGUCCUCAGACGCUAGAAAUCCUGAAUAUUAUGGGGAUGAGCAUCUUACUACUACUUCGGAUGGGAAUUUGGCUCACAUAACUGGUGUGGAUGCUGGGACUUACGAUUCUUCCAUUUCAAAACCAGAGGCUUUAAAAUCUGAAGCCCCUGAAACUGCCCAGGAAAAUCAAUAUCCAUUUCCUUCAUCUUCGCAUGAGUUUACUUAUGAAAAUGCCCAACAACCAGAUGUUACAUAUCCUCAUUCACAGACAAGCUCGCAGAUCCAGAACCUGUCUCCUUUCUCUAGUGUAAUGCAGGCAUAUACUAAUUCUUUGCCCAAUGCUCUGUUGGCUUCAACGGUUCAAACAGCAAGGGAGGAUAUCCCAUACUCACCCUUCCCUGCUACACAAUCAAUGCCUGCGAAAUAUAGCAACAUUGCAUCUUCAAUUGGUGUUCCCACUAUAAACAUGUCAGAGGCUCUAAGAGCAAAUAGCAUUUCUAUGCCUCAACCUAAUCCACAAGCUCUGCCUGGUGCCGCCAGUGUUGCCACUGGACCUGCACUUCCUCAACACCUUGCUGUGCAUCCCUACUCCCAGCCUACUCUUCCUCUGGGACAUUUUGCUAACAUGAUUAGUUAUCCAUUCUUGCCUCAGAGCUAUACCUACAUGCCAUCAGCGUUUCAGCAAUCUUUUGCUGGAAAUAGCACAUACCACCAAUCUCUGGCAGCAGUUCUUCCACAAUAUAAAAAUAGCAUUUCUGUCAGUAGCUUGCCGCAGUCUGCUGCUAUUGCAUCUGGAUAUGGUUUUGGAAGUUCCACCAGCAUUCCUGGAGGAAAUUAUCCUUUGAAUCCACCUGCUGCCCCUACUAGUACAACCAUUGGAUAUGAUGAUAUUAUAAACUCCCAGUACAAGGAAAACAAUCAUAUGAUUUCACUACAGCAGAAUGAGAAUUCUCCCAUGUGGGUUCAUGGGCCUGGCUCUCGAACAAUGUCUGCGGUUCCUCCCAGCACUUAUUACAGUUUUCAGGGACAGAAUCAGCAACAACCAGGUGGAUUUCGGCAAAGUCAGCAGCAGCCUUCACAGCAUUUUGGAGCCCUUGGGUACCCUAAUUUCUACCAUUCUCAGACUGGGAUUUCUCUGGAACAUCAGCAGCAGAACCCAAGGGAAGCAUCCCUCGCUGGUUCCCAAAACCAACCACCUAAGCAGUCCCAACAAAUAUGGCAAAACAGCUACUAAUCCUAAUCACCUCCCAGUUUUUAAGGGUCUUGAUGUGAGUUUGAAAGUGACCAAUCAGAGGCAUUUCCUCGGCCUAAUAAUUAUAUGUACCAUUGUUUGGUCUGAAUAGACCGUAUAUGGCCGCUGCCCUGUGCGACGAAGUUGUAUUCUACAUAAUUAUGCUCGUAACGUUUAACGUAGGUACUAAGUGUGCUAAUUUGGUGUUCUUCGUGCUAUAUACAUUUUUUCCCCUUUUCUUUUCCUUUACAUUCUUCUCAUCUGGUUAUAGUGGAAGUUUCUUCGAUGGUACAUCCUCUAAGCUGUCUUAGAUUUCGCUCCUUUUAUGUUUGCUCUUUUUUAUAUGCGUUUGUCAUAAAUUGUCCUUCAA